CGUGAUGUCGACGACAUGAAGAUCUUGAAUUUAUUUUGUCGGCUAGCUGCAUUUUUAGCAGCAGUUCGCUGCUAUAUACACUGCGACAAAGGUGGAUCCAGCUACAUAGAAAUCCUAAACUGAGCAAGAAGACCUAGCAGCAGCACUGCAACAUUGAGACCUGUACCUGCUCGUAUCAAAAAUGAAGUGAACGUCAGCAAAACCAAAAAGCAAAAACCAUUGCGAAAAAGAUCAUCACAUGCGACUGAUGCCAUUAGCAAUUUUACUUGGACUCAUUGCAUAGCCAACAUUUGAUGUACUUCACUCCAUAUCAACAACCUUUCUCAACAUCUCCUUUUGCUUCUCAGAAAACCGCACUCGAUUUUGUACGGAUAGAAAAUUUGGAUUUGCAAUCUCAAUUCCGAUUUUUUAGGCGAUAAAGUUUGCGGUUGUCGUAAUUUGGCAGUAGUUUUCGACCACUUCUAGUCUCUGUAAUUUCCGAAGUUUUUUUCGGGUGGAUCAUUUAAGGCUAAAACUCUCUCGCACAAUAAAAUGUCGAGCUCCGGUGACAAGACUGCUGCUGCUGCCGCCCAGCAGAACCCGUUGGCCCACCUUCCAAUCCCGCCGUUUCUGACCAACAAGGAGCAGCCGAUCGGUAUAAUUUUGGUGAAUUUGUAAUGCAUGUCAUGCAUAAUAUUACAAAAGUGGCUUUUGCAUGACAGAAAUCGGAAAAUGCACGCGAAAUAUUAAAUCAACCCUACUCCUCCAGGUUGGGCCUUCUCCUCUUUUCUGGAGUUUAUCAUCGACAGCAAGCGACUCUUAUCAAAUGCAAAUAUGUCUGGGUCUGGAAGAGUCCGAGAUUUGUCAUGCAGUUUUUCCAAGCUCUCCCACGUCUGGAAUGCAGGGCCUAGCGCACAGGGUCUGCAGCCCCUUGGAGGUGAUGCCGACCCUGCAUAAGAAAUGCUCUCUCAGCAUGAUGGCUAGAAGUGUGGGCACCUUUUCUUGCACGUCAUGCAUCACAGAUCUUUGUGAGAUCUGCACCACGCAUCACAAGUUCGGAUCCUCCCUGACCCAGACAUGUUUGCAGUGGAUAACCCUUGCAGCGAUGCACCAAGCCGGACGCGCGGGAAUUCAAGAAGAUUUCGGUGGCGUGCGCUAUCGGCUUCGCGAUUAUGGGCUUCAUCGGGUAUAAUGUUGUCUACUAAUAUGUCUUUGGCGUUCUUUUGCAUGAAAAAAAUUAUUUUCAAACCUGAAACAGCAUGACAAAUUCAAUUUUUAUUUUUGCCGAUGAAAUUUGUGAUGCUAUUUAUGCUAGCUGCAUUACUUUUGCAAUGCAUACAGGUACGUCGUCAAGCUGGUGUUCAUCCCGAUCAACAACAUCAUCGUCGGGAUGGGAAUGUAAAACGGGAUCAGAAAUUUAGUACUUGGUUUGAGCAAAAACUUCAUUUCGCGCACGACCGGAAGCCCAUCGUACACAGUUUCACCCAGCUGUUGAACUUAGCCAGCACACGAUCUGCUCUACGUAGGAGCCGAGAACUACAGAAGCACGACUUCUUGCGGCCGGGUACAUCAGCGAUAUUAACCACAACCUGCGGCAUCAUCUACCAAAGUAGAUGGCGCUUCUUCUUCACAAGAACAGGUGCUAUAGCUAUGACGACCGACGAGCAUGGUGCGAAGGAGCCUGGGUCAUGUUCGUGGGCUGAAGCAAUGAAUGCAACGCCGUAGUAUUGAAGAGCCCGUUUCAAAAUGUAGUUUUUGUACCCAAAAUAAGAUGAACCACGACAGCACUAAGCGUGUAUCACAAAUUCAAUGUUGAUUUUGUAUCCACAACGCAUCAUGUAGUGCAAUUACCAGAUGUAGUUCAUGUGUUUAGAAAACACGACCUAUGUACUAUCACUCUAUCAGUAUCACUAACACUGUCACAAUUUUACACUUGUCACUUUCACACUUUUCUGUUCACUUUCGAAUCUACUCCGAAAGAAUGACUCUGAUGCACUACCCUGAUUUGUAUUUGAAGACUUUUACUACAUUCGCAACACUGUUGUAGCAAAGCAAGCACUUGUUCUACCCAGACCAAAAUUUCGAAGAAAAAGCUGUUCUUGCAGCUGCGCAAU